AUGUCGAGCACGCUACUCACGUUUAAUCCGCUACGGGAGGACCUGUGGAUUCUAUCCGACGACGUGUUGACUGAGCAGAUCGCGCGCUACGAUCGCAAUACCAGGAGCCAUCGGUGGCUGAAAACUCCACUCUUCCUUUCGCACUCCGCCACAACGCCUCCCAUAUCGUCCUCGACGCAAAACCCGCCCACGACACUCAAGAUGGCCGACGACUCUGUAACCGAUCCCGCCCUCGCCGCCGAGCUCAAGAAGAAGAGGACGUUCCGCACGUUCUCAUACCGCGGUGUCGAACUCGACAAGCUUUUGGAUUUGAGCAAUGAGGAGCUCGUUGAGGUACGAUACUCCGACGCUAACAUGUCUGUCUCCCCCUUACCUCUGCCCCAGCUCGUCCACGCCCGCGCACGGAGACGGUUCCAGCGUGGCUUGAAACGCCGCCCCAUGGGUCUGAUCAAGAAGUUGCGCAAGGCGAAGAAAGAGGCGCCCCCGAAUGAGAAGCCCACGGUCGUGAAGACCCAUUUGCGCGACAUGAUCGUCGUGCCCGAGAUGAUUGGCAGCGUCGUCGGCAUCUAUAACGGCAAGGUAUUCAACUCGGUUGAGAUCAAGCCUGAGAUGACCGGCCACUAUCUUGCGGAGUUCUCGUGUUCGUACAAGCCUGUCAAGCACGGCCGUCCUGGUAUUGGUGCAACACACUCAUCUCGUUUCAUUCCUCUCAAGUAA